AUGCCUUCCUCCGUACCACCUACCCAGCAUUACCCCGGCGCUCAGCAAAAGUUCAAUAUUCCUCUCAUUGCAGGGGAUAAUGUCUUCUUGGGAGACGUCGUAGGAAGCACCGACGGCAACGAUCCAGCAUCCAUUUCAGGAGGUCUUUUCCGAAUGAAAAAGGGCCAGCCCUUUACAGCAACCUACCGCUACCAUGAAACAUUGAUUGUCCUCGAAGGUUCAUUCACUGUUAGCGACGAUAGUGGCAAUCAAUCGACUGCGGCUGCCGGCGACAUUUAUUGGAUACCAAAGGGCUCCACGGUGACGAUAGGCACAGAAGACUACGGCCUAGCUUUCUACACCGCGCAGAGGAUGAAAAGAAAGUGA